ACUGGUGAGUGGCGAAUGAUAAAAAUUGUAAACCCAGAGAGAGAGAGAGAGAGAGAGAGAGAGAGAGAGGGCGGGUGAGGGUUGGUGACAAUAGCAGGCACAGCAUGGAGCAGGAACCUUCGCCGGAAAGCUCGAGCCGGAGUGUGGCCGGAGACGGCCUAAACGGCGUCAGAUUAUAUGGAUUCUCGGCGGAUUACGAGUACCUGGCGGCGCCGAUGCGGAGCUUUAGAGGUUCGUCGCUUUGCCCUUGGGAUGCGUCGCCGUCAGGAAUAUUGGAGACGGCGGAGGCUCGAGCGCUGGCUGCCUCCAGAAACCACAAGGAAGCAGAGAAGCGGAGGAGGCAGCGAAUCAAUUCGCACCUCGACAAGCUUCGUAGCCUUCUCUCCUGUGAUUCUAAAACGGACAAGGCGUCUCUGCUCGCAAAAGUGGUCCAGCGCGUGAGAGAGCUGGAACAGCAGACCUCAGAGCUCACCCAGCUUGAAACCACCCCCUCGGAGACCGACGAGGUCACCGUACUCUCCGGCGACGGCGCUGGGUCGACGUUCAAAGCGUUGCUGUGCUGCGAGGACCGGUCCGAUCUCAUCCCUGACAUAAUCGAAACCCUCAAAUCGCUGCGCCUGAAGACGCUGAAGGCGGAAAUGGUGACCCUCGGCGGACGAAUCCGGAACGUGUUGAUUGUCGCCGGAGACGACGAAAGCCCCGCCGACACCGUGUCGGUGCACUUCCUGCAGAACGCGUUGAAGUCGCUGUUGGAGCGUUCGAAUUCCGGCAUCCUCCGAUCGAAAAGGCGGCGCUUUUAACAAACUACUCCUUGCUUUUCCGUGCAACAGAAGAAGAAAGAAAAAGUAGACGAGUUGGUGAAAAUGUAAGUAGUAAGUUGUAUGUUUGAUUUGAACUGUUCAAGUGCAUGAGUUCUCUGAUGGAGGAAGGGAAGAGACUUAAAUUAGGAGCUGUUGCUGAUGAGUUUGAAUAGAGAAUGGAGCAGGUUGGGUGGGGUUUUAGUUGAAGGGUUUUUAGAAUGAAGCUUCUAAGAAUACAGCAUUGAAGAACGAAGACUGCACAAGCGGAGAGAGAGAGAGAGACAUUAGUUGUCACAAGAAUCAAGAGAGAGAGAGACAUUAAUUGUCACAAGAAUCAAGAAAGAUAUAUUUUCUCUGCUGCAUUCUGAAGCUUUUCUUGUCUCAAUCUCAAAGUUUCGGUAUGAAUUCUCAACAUUGAACAGCUCCUGCCAAAUGGGAUCAGGUUUUAACUAUAUAUAUCCUAUGCAAUCUUUGUUUUUUCUUCUUAAAAAAAUUCACUCCGACCCCCACCCCACCCUUCAUGCAUGGGAGGAUUGAUUUGUCAUCCACAAUUUCCCAUUUCACAUUUUCCUUCACCCUGUGACCUCCCUUCGUUCUACUUUAUUCAUAGACUAGCUAGCUUGGAAUGGGUUCAUUUCUGAUCACAAACACAUUGCCCACCUGUUUUACUUUACAAAAUUGUUAGGCCAAGAUGUGAUGGCAAUCUAGCUUGCAUGAGAAAUUCUCGGGAUAUGAAUCUGAGUCACAGUCCAUUUAUUACAACCUAAGGUGAUUGAAUGAAGUGCCCAUUGUCAUCUA